AUGUUGUUAUGUAAAAUUAAUAUUUUAUUUGGGGCCGCCCCCAGCCCAGCCUGCCGCGGAGGCCCCUCCCCGGGGCCCGGCCCGGCCCCACCCUGGCACGCAGAGGCGGGGGCGGGCUCCUCAGCCGCCGGCUGCCGGAGCCCCCGCUGCCGGCUCGGCCUCCUCCCGCGAUGUGCCUCCGCUGCCCCCGGGCCGCCCGCCAUGCCGCGGACCCGCGGGCACCUCACCUCCCUGCUCCUGCUGCUGCUGCUGGCCGCCGCCACCCGCCCUCAGCUGCGGCAACGGGCGGCGCUGCCGGGGAGCGCCCCCGCCGCGGCGGCCUCAGGAUCUGUGUUUAUGCUAAAGGUUCAAGUAAAUGACAUGAUCAGUCAUCAGUACCUGGGACAAGCGGUUGUGGAAGUGUUUGUUAACUACACGAAGACAAAUUCUACUCUUACUGGAAACAACGGAGCAGUAUUAAUAAAAGUUCCCUACAAAUUAGGAUUAAGCUUAACUAUAGUAUCAUACAAGGAUGGCUACAUGUUAACACCUUUGCCUUGGAAGACUGGGAGAAUGCCAAUAUACUCGUCUGUGACGCUUUCAUUAUUCCCACAAAGUCAAGCAAAUAUAUGGCUGUUUGAAGAUACUGUUCUAAUUACUGGAAAAUUGUCUGAUGCCAAAUCUCAACCAAGUGUUCAGUUUCAAAAAUCUUUAAUAAAACUUCCAACAAAUCACCACGUUACCAAUGUUACAGCUUAUCUGACAGUGCCAGAGCAGUUUUUGAAAGUGGACAGUUUUCUCUAUACAACAGGAAUACUUCUAAAUAAAUCAGGUUUCAAAAGCAUUGAACUGAGUCCUCUUGCUGCAAUAUGUGUAAAUGUUCUUUUGGCUGGGAAAGAGCUGAAAGUAAAUGGUCCUAUUCAGAUUACACUUCCUCUUCCUACGAAUACUGUAAAAUCGGGAGAUGCUAUACCUGCAUGGACAUUUGAUAUGAAAAGUGGUGCUUGGGUAAGCCGUGGUCUGGGAAUGAUAAAGGAAGCAAAUGGUCAAUUAGUAUGGACAUACACUGCUCAACAAUUAGGGUACUGGAUAGCAGCUCCACUGCCUGGAACAAGAGAAUCCAUAAUUAGUGCGGUUUCCAAGGACAUAACAGCCUAUCACACAGUGUUCCUUACGGCCAUAUUGGGAGGUACUGUUAUCAUUAUCAUUGGAUUUUUUGCUGUUCUUCUUUGUUACUGCAGGGACAAAUGUGGUCGGACACAAAAGAAGGAAAAAAAUACAACGAAGCUGGAUGUUGUGAAAAAAGACCAGACGACGUCAACAACUCACAUAAAUCACAUCAAUACAGCCAAGGGAUCUUUAAAGUUAGAGGAUAAGUCUCAGUUAUAUCCACCGAAGAUCUCUUCAUACAGUCCUCAAAGAAGGAUAUCCAUAGACACAGAAGAUGGAAAAUCAAGAGACAACUUUAAAAUGUACAACGAGGAGGCUUCUUAUCAGUCAGCCUGUCAAACUGGUCAGUCAAUAAAUUCAGCCCAUUCAUUGGAGCCUAAUGCUGGAGUCAGACACUUAGAGCAGCCAAAGCAUAGCAACAGUGCUAUUUCCCAGGCUCCUAGGGACAUUCAAGACCAAAACAGGUAUCUUACGCUGCAAGAGGACAUGUAUGGGCUUUCCCAUAUCCCAGAACAUCUAAUGCAUAUUUACAAUCAGCCUAUUGCUAUUCUUCAAACUGCUGACCUUUUCCAUUCCCCAGAACAAUUGCAUGCUGCUAAAUCAGCAACUUUGCCAAGGAAAGGGCAGUUAGUAUAUAACCCCAUGAUGGAACCCGUGAAUCGAGAUGGUUACAUGCAAACAUUACCGAAAAUGCCAGUGCACUCUCAUCCACAGCCUUCUGUCUGCAGAGAUGAAAAAAGCACGUUAGAUGGUGAACAGGGCUUACCUUCUCAAACGUCAAGCUGGGGCCGGUACACUAAUAGUUUACUGGAAUCCGUCUCUGUUCCUGGGACGUUGAAUGAAGCAGUUGUAAUGACUCCGUUUUCAUCUGAACUUCAAGGCAUCUCAGAACAAACAUUGCUAGAGCUCUCUAAAGGGAAGCCAUCUCCCCACCCUCGAGCGUGGUUUGUGUCCCUGGAUGGAAAGCCAAUAGCUCAAGUGAGGCAUUCCUUUAUAGAUCUGAAAAAGGGCAGAAAAACAGAGAGUAAUGAUACCAGUCUGGACUCUGGUGUGGACAUGAAUGAGCAUCAUCCUAGUAGGAAACUGGAGAGAGAAAAAACUUUCAUAAAAAAUAUGCCACACUCAAAGAUCCUUUACUUGGAAGAUCUGGAUCUGAGCAGCAGUGAAAGUGGGACCACUGUGUGCACUCCAGAGGACCAGGCUGUGAGGCACAUUUUGGAUGGUGGGAAUGGGCCAGUCAUGGAACAGCAUGAUGAAGAAGGUCUAAGAAGAAAAACUGUGUCAGGAAGUCAGGAAUCCAGUAUCCCUUCACCUAAAAAAAGGGAUAGACCACCUAUCACCAAAAGAGAUAGCAAAACAAAUAUUUGGAAGAAAAGAGAGGAGAGGCCACUUAUUCCUAUAAAUUAGAACACAACGUGCUUUGUGCUGUUGCUCUCCCUGCUGGUUGUUGACCUCUUGGCUGCUUGCGUAAUUCUGCAGUGUUGGGUUUACAAGGGAAAUGUUGUUUUCUAGUAUCAAGAAAAGUUAUUUUUUUUUUAAUGUACAGUUUGAGUUACUUCAACUGGGCAAUUGAUAUUCAAUAUGAAUUGAUUACAGGGAAAAUUGAUUACAGGGACAAAACUCUCCAGUUCCUAAUUUUGAUGGCACUAUAGGGAAGGCCCACAUUUUAAUUAGCCUGUCAUUCUUGGACGCACCUCUCAGAAUGCACAGUGAGAAAUGUAGGCACAUCUUUUGUUUUUUACUUGUUGCUAAUGCAUUGGCAGAAUGGUUAAAGCCAUUCCUCAGCCUUGUUCCUAAUAAAUGUGACCAUCUGUACAGUAUUUUAUAUGUGAACUUUUCUAGGGAUCUGUUGUUACUUUGUAUGAUAUACAACGCUUCAUCAUGUAGUCCCAUGACACCAGCACAAGAGCUCUGUUGGAUUCAUCACCAGAGCUCUAUAGCAUCACUGCCCUUUCUCUGUGUCCAUCCAUGUACAAAAGAUUACCAUUGCAAACAGCAGUGCCAGCAGGGGGAUGUGUACAAGCUGUGUGGCCACUGCAGUUCAUGGUCUUUGCUGUCUUAAGAUGUUGCCCAUCUGUUUUAGUCCUUCUUGAUACAACCUGUGGAUGUUGAAGAUUGGCAUCUGCUAGGAAGUGUCCACCUCAGCAGAAAAGGACUGGUUCUGUUAGCAUUUGAAGCUGCUGAUACUAGUGGCUUGUUUUGGCUUCAUUUAUCAGUUAAAAUCUCUUCUUUCCUACUGUUGGACCAGUUUUGCUCCAAAACUGUCUUGAAUUCCCACAGAUGUAUGUUAAGAGUUGGGCCCAUAAUGAAAAAGGAAGUAAGCGUAGACAAGUUAUGUCUUUGUAAUAGUUCCUUUUAAUGGGAAAGCCGUUGCUUUUUAUUUUAUGAAUAAAAAAAAAAAAAAGAUGAUAAUCAGAGGCUUAUGUGCCUACAUUCUGCUAGUCUGAGCUACUUUUGUCCCAGGUUGUGCGUUGUAGAGGGGCUAAGCAGGCUUUCAGAAGUUGGGGUUUUUGUGAGCAUGAGAAGCAGACUUUAAAAUUUGGUCUGUAAUGCAAUAUAAAUACUACUUAUGACUCAUCUUAGAGUUAAGCGUACCAAAAGUCAUGAAUGCAUGAAAUGUAACUAUGUAUAGAGGAAGGAAAAGGCCAUUGGAAUAUUCUUUAUUUUUAUGUUCAUCUUUGUCAAAGUGAUAGUUUCAGCUUUGGCUAACAGAAAAGCAUAUACAACACCUCACUGUGCUUUGUAUGGUAUAUAGGAUGUCCUUCCAUGGCUUUUAAGAUGCUUCCCUGAUGAAAUAAGUUUCAGCAUUUUGGCUUUGGCAGUUUGAUUACAAGUCAUCCUAAAAAAAGCUUCAUAACAAUAUUUCCCUUAGUUUGUAGUCGUUUAGGUUCAAUACUGAGACCCAAGCACACUAUGCCUGUAUGCAGAUUGUGAGGUGAGGUGCACUGAGUUGUCUGUCUUGUAGUACUGAUUCCCCUGCCAGUUAUCUACUGUUGUUCAAGUACACCCCGAUUUUUUUCUGUGCCUGUGCUUCAGGAUUUCUUUCUACAGGAAAAACAGGGAGUGAAAGGUGGUGGUGCAUAUGAAGAUCCAUCCCAACCUUGCAGUCAGGAUGUGGCAGCAUGACGCUCAGAGUCAGGAGCUGUCCUGUGUGGCUGGGCUUCUGGGAGCACUGACUCAGGAAACUGUGCUGUGAGCUAUGUCUGUUCUUUUAGGAUUGUUGGUUGUCUGGUGUUGUUUCUAGAAGAAUACAUAGAGUAACCAGAAUGGUAAUAGCAGUACAUUAGUCCAACUUUUUCUGGUGUCUGUGAUUUUGUUUGACCAGAAGAUUUAGGUUUAAUUAUGCCAUUCAUCUACUUUAGAUGUAAAGAUUGCUUGCCAUAUUAGCAUGCCUUUGGUACUUUCUCUAGGUAACAGUAAUUCACCUUUCCUAUACCAAAUGAUUUUUUACAAUACAUAUUUUCCUGUAUUCAGUUUCACUGAAUUUGGUGUAUGACUAACUUACUAGCCCAAAGUGGUGAUAUUCUCAUCCUUUCCUUUGUUUACAUACAUUUAGUUAUCCGUUAUAUAUCUUCAGAUCUAUAUUUUCAUAUAGAUGCACACUUGAUUUGAAAGCUUUGGCUUUUGAGGUUUAGUAAUACCUUCCUUAGAGUUGCAUCAGUGCUGAUGAGUUCCUUUUCAAAGAGAUAGCAUCAUACAUUCUGUUGAAAUUAACAGAAGAUCCCUGACAAUUAUUUCAAGUUGUUGAAAUUCAAGUGAGAUAUCUCUAUAUUCAAUUUUGUUCAGCUCCAGUAAAUUAAAUAUUCAGCAGAGUUUUUGUUGGUUUUAAUGCAUUUUUUUCAUUGUAGAUAUCAAGACCACCUAAUUCCUUAAACUUACUUAAAACAUCAAAAGAUAAAGACUACAGUAAAUGGCUUUAUUCAUGUGAGGUCAGAGGAAUUAAAUUUUGCACUCCAGCGUUCCUGUUCUGCAUCAGAGUAGGUAUCUGGGCACCAAAGAAAAAGGAUUAGAAAUGUUGAAAAGAUCAACACGAGUAUGUAUGAGUACGAGAUUUUAAAAGAACGGUACCAAAAGUUGUACUGAUUUGGUGCAGGUUCUUGUUUGCUAUGCCAGUGGGUCAUGAGCAAAAAGUGGAGUUUGCUUUUAAACCAUCAAGUCUAAAUGAGCUUUUUGGUUGUCUAGAUCUAGUCACAGUUUUACCUUGGACAUACAGAUAAUGGACAUACAGAAUGGCCUCUUCAGAGACCAUGCAUCAGUGAUGCACUUCAGCUUCUAGGCAGCAAAGCAAGUCAGAGGUGAACAUGUUCUUGAAAGAGUUUCUUGCUGCUAGACUUUUUGGUAGUAGAAAGCAAGACAAAUUUCUUUCUGAAAUAACGAUCUGUAUAUUCUCAUCUUCAAUAGAGAUGAUUUAGCUGUAUGUAAAUACAUGUCCUUAGAGGCUGUGGAGUAGCCAUAGCACCCCCAUGUAGGACACCUCCUAUUAACAUCUUCCUUGUGGAUUGCCAUCUCUACUAGACUGUUGCCCUUCUCUUGCUUGCGAGAGUAUGAGCAUUUAUUUUAGAGUAUUCAAAUUUUUCUCUGGAGUGCACGUGUUGCAGUUCUGAUAAUACCAUUUCCAAGGCUGUUUUUAGCUGUUGCUUCUAUCCAUGCCAGGCAAGCACCAGCUAUCUUUCCUUGCUUUGUAGAUCCCACGUACUGACUUUUAUGUGUGUAACUUGCUAGCAUUUAUCACAUAAUGUUUUAUGCUGCUGGUGACACUUUAGAAGGCUUUUCCAAAGUCUAGUUUUAUAUGCAAAAUAAAUAUAUAACUUGUUUUCUGUGUCAGAAUAUGGGAAGCUAGUCUGUAGAGAGAUAUUAUUCCCAUAGCUGUAUAUGGGAAGGUAAAUGUGUGAAAAUUGCUAAUGCCCCUAAGCACACAAUGACAGGGAGUUCUUACUUGGCCCUAUCAUGAGCGUUAAAUCUUGGAUUUUAAAAGCUAUAUACUCUAAAAUACUUAGAAUUCUUCAUAUUUAUAUUCAGUAUUUACAGAAUAUAUUGUCUGAGUCUUCAUGUUCCAGAUGUAUGUUGGAAUUUAUGCACUAGAAACCUGUAUUACCUCUUAGUGACUGGAAUUUUCUUCUCAUCCUUUAAAAACAAACAAACAAACAAACAAAAAACCACAAACUUUGACUACACUGUGUUCUAAAAAUUUUAAUUCCAGAUACUGUACAUGAUACGCACAUAGGUGGAAAAGACAAAACAUUAUCAUGAUGUUGAGAUUCUUUGUGCAGAUGGGUACACCAGUUCCAGUGUCACCUGUUUUCAAUUAGGUGGUUAAUGGAGUUAGCCAAGGCCUGUUUCUGCAGAUUAAUUUAUGUGGCACAGAUCAGUACUUUGAUGUAUAAUAAUGGAAGUGAUCAGAUGAAAUAAUAUAUAUGUGCGUUAGACUGGAUAUGUUCCCUAGAAUAAGCUAAUUGAUAGUAGUUUUCAUAUUGUUAUCAAAUAUCAGGUAUUAAAAAAGUGGGGUGGGGGAUGCUUAAAAAUUCCAUUAGUUUAACAGGAAAAAUCUUCAUAGUACUGUCAGAAAAUUAUAAGUUUGAUAUCUUAAAAACCUGAAAGCACAACUGAUUUGAUGAUUAGAGACAUUAUUUACCAAUGCAGAGCUAGAGAUGAUGCACGAAAGAUAAUCCAGUAUGCAGGAAUGAAAAUGUGUAGCAGUAUGCUUUGGUUUUCAGCAGUAAUUUGUACCAAAGAGGAUGAAAUGAUUGGAGAGCAUUUGAAACUCUUGUCAUUAGUUAAAAUGCGAAACAGGUUAACAAUAUUACUCGUAACAGUGUAUGAACUAAAAUGCAGUAAACUACAUCUGUGCCUAUUACUGCAUACAAAACAUUGCAUAUUAGGAUCAUCUGAAGGUAAGUUAGGCUGCUGAAGUGCCUUUGUCUUUCAUCAGACUUAUUUUAUCAGUGGAACACCUGACUAUCGGAAAAGCACAGGUAAUUUUUUUUCUGUUAGCCAAAAA